GAUAGCAGUUCCUUGUGAAUCGUUUGUUUAUUUACAUUUUCUUCAAGCAUGGCCGAAUUUUCGUGUUUUUUUAAUGAUUUUCAAUUAAAACGGCCACCGCUGGUCACCCUGCAGGUGGAGGACACAGCUUUCGCAAAUAACGUUUUUGUGCUGAUCAACCGAUACCUUCAACAGUUGUCCGAGCCGGACGCUGAGGACUUCGAUCAAACGGCGGCACUGAUCGGCCGUCUUAUGGCGCGCCGUAAGAGCUCCUUUCGAAAUAUGCCCGGCUUUCGAUCCGUGUGUAAGCUGAACACCGCACUGUGUCGUCUGCUGCGUCUGGAUCUGCCCCGCGAGCUGGAACACUUUCGCGGCGUUGUGUGCGACGGCGAGCUGGCGGGUGCCACGCCCACCCGCAGCAGCUUUGAGUACAUUUUGGUGCGACUGCUGUGCUUCUAUCAUCUGCAUGCACGCAUACGCGAGUGCUGUGUGUCGGCGGCCAGAUAUUUCACUCAUUUGCUGAGAAAUAACUUCUUCAUGGAGACGCUGACGUUGAACCUGGCAGCCAUCGCCAAGAUCAACAAGCUGAGCAAGCUGCAGGCCAACAGAAGUGCCAGUCUGUACAACAAAUUGCGCCCGCACUGCGUUAACUUUCCGCAGGUGGAGAGCCACAAAUUUCUGCCCGAAAACUGCCAGCUGCCGGCGCAACUGCAACGCGUCCAACUGCAGGCUGAAGCCAGUGCUCCUGCUCCUGUGCUGCUAAAACCACCCACCAUAGUCACAAAAGCGGAGAAGGCCCGCCUGGAGGCCAAAGCUGACGUGGGCACAGUGCUUGCCCGCAAGGAGCCGCCUGCGAAGAUGGAGUUCAAUAUGGACACGCUGCGUACUGUCAAGGAUGUGAAACGUUUCAUUGCGCGUGAAACAACAGCCCGGGACAAAACCCCAACGAGCUGCAUAACCAGGGACAUACCCAAGCACGCGUGGCUGAGCGCACAAACGCUCUUCCAGCGCAGGGCCAACAAGGAUCCGGAGAAGGCUUUGAGCAUAUUUCGCAAGUUUAUUGUUAGCAAAUUAUAAAAC